CCGGCAGCAAGCGCUCCCACCGUACCAUGGGCUCGGAAGUCUGGGUCGGCCCGUGGCGGCCGCACCGGCCCCGCGGCCCCAUCGCAGCGCUCUACAGCGGCCCGGGGCCCAAGUACAAGCUGCCAGCCAGCACCGGUUACAUCCUGCACGACCCGUCGCGGCCCCGCGCCCCCGCCUUCACCUUCGGCGCACGCCUCCCCACGCAGCAGACUUCGUGCGGCCCAGGGCCAGGUCACCUGGUGCCCGCUCGCAUGACCGUGCGCGGCCGCGACGGCGCUCCCGCCUACUCCAUCUUCGGCCGCCCGCGCCACGCAGCGCCCUUCCUCACUCCCGGACCGGGCAGGUACUUCCCGGAGCGAGCGGGGAACGCGGCGUACCCCAGCGCGCCUCGGCACACCAUCGCUCCCCGAAACUGGGGCCUCCGCGCGGAGUCGCAGACCCCAGGCCCCGGGACCUACACUGUGCCCUCGCUCCUGGGCCCGCGCGUCGUCGGUAAAGUCUCGGCGCCGAUUUACUCCAUCUACGGCCGCAGCGCGGUGGGCAGCGUCUGCGAGGACCUCAGUAAGACCCCCGGGCCCUGCGCCUACCAUGUGGUGAGCCCUGGGAUCUACAAGCCCCGGGCCCCCCAGUUCUCGAUGCUGGCGCGGACUUCGCUCCCCCAAGGCAACAGCCUGAACCCCGGGCCUGCAGCCUACAACGUGGACCAGCACCGGAAGCCUCGCGGCUGGAGCUUCGGGAUCCGGCACUCGGACUACCUGGCCCCGAUGGUGAUCGACGUGGAUGACUGACCAGCCGGGCGGGCGCGGCCCCACGAAUGUUUCUUAAAACCUCUGGAGCCAGCAGCCUGUCGGCCUCUCUGUGCUUGCGGCGAGGCAGGCGGGCAAAACGGACAGGUGGGCGGGCCCGCGAAGUCCCGGACUUCUCAAGCUCCCGCAGGCCCUCGUGAUUGGCCAGGACAGAAGUGAGCCGGGUCGUCCUGCCCCUCCGAGGCGGCUAUUGGCCUAAAUCCCUGCCUGUCGGGAGGCCCCGCCCCUCCGCGGCUCCGGCCAGGCGCGCAGUCCCACUGUUCCCACCCUGUGGCCUCCCGCAAGACGGAACGGAAACCGGCUGGGAUCCGAAGAGGACCGGCGAGCGCCGCUGUGCAGGACAGGUACGGCCCCGGAUCAAGUUGUGAGACCGAGACGUGAGAGCCAGACACGGAGACAUGCACACGGGCGACACAGACACGGGACUGAGGGGCGGACACGGGAGAGAAACGAGAAUGGGGUCAGGACAAGGGCACUUGGCCUCAGUGACACGGACACAGGACGGCGACAGGUUCCAGGUGUGUGUCGCAGCCCGGAGUGGUGGCGGCCCCACCUACCCCUGUCGCACCUGCUGAUCUCUCCCGGGGCGGGAACCAGAGCCCAAGCAGCUGCCGGGGCUGAUCAGCCUGAAGCAAGGAUACAUCAGAGGCUUCGUGCGCGCUGUGCUGGACCGGACGCGCAGGGCGCACACAUCCGUGCGUGGGGACGGCUGGCUGCCCCUGACCCCGACCCAG